UUUCUACAUUAUACUCGCAUAUAUGGAUUUUGGUAUGCAAUUUACGUUAUCUGAAACCCUGUAUGGUUUCGUCGCCAGAUUAACGCUCGUUCGCACACUGUGUGGUUUCAUCGCCAGAUUAUGUUACGGGUGUUCUACAAGCAUUUCCAUAAACGAAGUAACUUAUACAACUGGCAUCAGCGACGAACCUCUUCCAACUUGGGAACAAUUGCUGAAAAACGCCAAGUUAGAAAUCAAACGACUUCGUCAGGAAAAACAGUUGUUGGAAUCUGAAAAACAAGAUGCUUUAACCAGACUUAGCCAACUGAUGUCGUCCAAACUAAGGGACAACAAUCCCAAUAUUGCCGACCUCAGUGACACAUUCAGACCGACCAAAAUUGCAGAGCUUCUCACCGAACUCUAUGACAAUGAGUGGACGGAUGCUUUUUCCGUGCUGGGCCAACAAUAUACGGAAAAACAAGGGAUUACCUUCCUCUUAGAUAUCAUCAUGGAAGCAUACGUUUUUUGCGAAAAGGAACUCACAGAAUCUUGGAGCCACGUCCAAAAUCACUAUCUUAUAGAGAACGAUACUGUGACAGCGAAGAGUUUGAAAGAUGCACGAAAAAAGAAGGUUCUGCGACACAUUGACGAAACGGAACGGGAUUUUUCAACUCAUCUAUCAACUCAUUACAACGAAUACCCAUCGUUUGCCAACAACGACGCGAUCAAAAAAUAUAUAAUGGAAUGCGUACGGUUAUGUCUGCUCAUGAAUGCCAAUGACCCGCCGGUGGUUAUUGAAUGUCCAGGAUGGCAUCCGCGUAUUUGGAAACAAGCUCACACCCGAAUGCCAAUGGUCAAUGGCAAACCGACGUCAGGGAAAGCAGUUGUUGGAAUAGGAAUAGACGAACAGCCAAUGCCUAGACAAGUUUUUGAAAAGGCUGUUUUCAAGGAAUAUACAUGCCGUGGACUAUACAUCGAGUACAUCGUUUGGCCAAUCACGUACCUUCAUCGGAAUGGACCGUUGCUUGCCAAAGGAAUAGCGCAAGGAAACAAUAUGCAGAACAGUCCACACCAAAACACUGAAUUACAUUGCGUUGUUGAUGUUCAAAAGUGACACUAACUACCCAUAAAACGAAGGCAUAAUUCAUAUGACCUUUUUAUAAUGUAGUGAAUAUGACUCAAACGCGCAUCAUAAAUAAACGUUUAUAUGUAUUUCGAAUGGCUAGCAUUAAUUAUUAACAUAUACAUCGAAAACAAUGCAGUUCAAUUUCAUUUAUUUGAGUUGUGUUAUAAAAUAUUAUCUAAAUUACAUCAAUAUAAUAUCCUUUUCGCUACAUGCUGUUUUUUUGUGUAUUUGCAAUGUGUAUAUAAAAAAAAAUACUGACGAGAUUAAAGCAGAAAGCACCUUUCAAUAACCACUCGUGAUGUUUGAAGUUGAUACCUCUGAUAAUUUCAAUAUAAGCCCUGUUAAAGACAUCCGACGUCCGUAUAUGUGACAGAAGGCUAUUUAAGCCCUGUUAAAGAAAUCCGACGUCCGUAUAUGUGACAGAAGACUCAAUCUCCGCAAUUAUUCAUACACAUAAUUAUGCAAUGUUUUUUUUUAAAAGCUUUCCGGUGGUUUAUAAAGACAUAUCAGCGAUUUAAAACUGAUAAUUCACUGUUGCAAAAUGUGAAAAUUAAAAAAUGACAAUUAUCGAUAAUUAUAGUGUCAUUAUGUGAAAUUUUGUGAUUAGUGGAAUAUCGAUUUUUAUUCACUCGUGAUAAUAGAAAAUGUAUAUUUUCUGUGAUAACUCGUGAGUUAAAAUCAUUAUUUCACCAAAUCAAACAAAUAUCUUCUAUGUUAUUUCCCCAGUGUACAAUUAUAUAUGGGACCGAUAUGAAAAUAUUUUCCGUGUAAGCAACUAGUUGUUGGCAAAAUCUGAUGUGGAAACGAUAUUUCUAUUGUUCCAUAAUUGGUAACCAUAUCGGCUUUAUGUUUGCUUGAUUUAAUUUAAAUGUGUUUCUUGUAUUGAAUUUUAAUAAAGGUUAUAGUUGUG